AUGUUGGUAAAGCAGAGCUCAAGCUACGAGGAUUUUAUCAUUAUAGACCCUAGACUACAGAGUUCACUUCUUAAUCUCGCAGAGCUUAUCCUACGAAGCACAGUUAGUAACGCAGAGCUUAUCCUACGAAGCACAGUUAAUCUCGCAGAGCUUAUCCUACGAAGCACAGUUAGUAACACAGAGCUUAUCCUACGAAGCACAGUUGAUCUCGCAGAGCUCAUCCUGCGAAGCACAGUUGAUCUCGCAGAGCUUAUCCUACGAAGCACAGUUAGUAACGCAGAGCUUAUCCUACGAAGCACAGUUGAUCUCGCAGAGCUCAUCCUACGAAGCACAGUUGAUCUCGCAGAGCUUAUCCUGCGAAGCACAGUUGAUCUCGCAGAGCUUAUCCUACGAAGCACAGUUGGUAACGCAGAGCUUAUCCUACGAAGCACAGUUGAUCUCGCAGAGCUCAUCCUACGAAGCACAGUUGAUCUCGCAGAGCUUAUCCUGCGAAGCACAGUUGAUCUCGCAGAGCUUAUCCUACGAAGCACAGUUGGUAACGCAGAGCUUAUCCUACGAAGCACAGUUGAUCUCGCAGAGCUCAUCCUACGAAGCACAGUUGAUCUCGCAGAGCUUAUCCUGCGAAGCACAGUUGAUCUCGCAGAGCUUAUCCUGCGAAGCACAGUUGAUCUCGCAGAGCUCAUCCUGCGAAGCACAGUUGAUCUCGCAGAGCUUAUCCUACGAAGCACAGUUGGUAACGCAGAGCUUAUCCUGCGAAGCACAGUUGAUCUCGCAGAGCUUAUCCUGCGAAGCACAGUUAGUAACGCAGAGCUCAUCCUGCGAAGCACAGUUGAUCUCGCAGAGCUUAUCCUGCGAAGCACAGUUGAUCUCGCAGAGCUCAUCCUGCGAAGCACACUUGUUAACGCAGAGCUUAUCCUAUAA